AUGAAGGUAUCUGCAAAAUGUCCAGUGGGAGGUGGUGUAAUACUCUCUGGAUUCGCGUUAGAUCUUUUAACUGAACCGAAGCGAUCGUUGCGCGUGCGCACGCCUACCUCCCGAAUGAUAUGGGUGGCAAAUCUUUCAAUAGUCAUUCUCAUUACGGGUGUUGCUGCGUACAGAGCUCCGUCACUACGAACAUUGUUUCUUUACUCGUUUCUAUAUUACGAGUACUUUAUUGUGCUAUUGGUAGAAUUACAAUUCAUAUUGAUCGCGCAGAAACUACUAUCAGCCCUGCGGUUGGUGAAUGAUGCAUUGCAGCAGCUGAUGGUCAGCUUUAAAACUCAAGGUAACAAUUAUUACAAUCGUUUUCGAAAUGAAUUUACGACCUAUGAUAAUUACGCUUUAAAAGAAAGUUCAACCGUUCCAAACAAAGUCAUAAAUUAUGUGGUCGACUCCUUAACUGUUAAAGAAAAACUUGAUGAUAAGAAGUAUUUUCGAAAAGACACUAGGACAGUGCGUGAUUUGUCUAACGCGUACACCGGAAUCUGUGAUAUUUUGAGGCGUAUCGAUGAGAGUCACGGUUUUUUGCUACUAUUGAUACUGAUUUCUUUCUUUAUGCAAUUAAUAAUAACACCAUAUUAUCUUAUUACGACUCUAUUUCAAAUAAGCUGGUGUAUGUAUCAUAUAAUCAGCAUGCUCAUGGUUGUGGAACCGUGCUACCAGACCCAAAAAGAGAUGGAUAGGACUCAGGUGCUCGUCUCGUACUUGAUGAGGUACAUUUCAUCUACUGACCCAAUGUUUGUGGACGUAGACAUUUUCUGCAAGCAGUUAUACCUUGACCGGCCAAGCUAUACGCCGCUUGGAAUGUGCACUAUUUCGAGACCGCUCACCGUUACGAUAAUCGGCGCCGUGAUGACAUAUCUCGUUAUAAUUAUCCAACUCCGCUCUUACGAGUCUAACAGCAAAGAUCAAUUGUAG